GGUGGAUGGCUGGGAGGUGUAAUAGAGCCCAGAAACAAAACCAGGUUUGAGCCUCGGACUUCUACAGGCAAGAGGUUGUGCUCUACUUUUACUCUUUAAUUUUCUUGAAAGGAAACUAUACAAUCCAGCAGCUAAAUGAUGCAAAAUAUCAAAUGCGUGGUGGUGGGUGAUGGAGCUGUUGGGAAAACCUGCCUCCUCAUCACUUACACAACCAACGACUUCCCUGAGGAGUACAUUCCGACCGUCUUUGACAACUACUCGACCUCUGUGACCGUUGACGGUCGUGCUGUGAACCUGGGAUUGUGGGACACAGCCGGUCAGGAAGACUAUGACAAGCUCCGACCUCUCUCCUACCCUCAAACCGAUGUUUUUGUGAUCUGCUUUUCACUUGUCAGUCCUGCUUCUUUCCAGAAUGUACGUGUCAAGUGGUACCCAGAAGUGAAACGGCACUGCCCCAACGCUCCCAUCAUCCUCGUGGGCACCAAGCUCGACUUACGUGAUGACAAAGAGACCAUCGAGAAACUAAGAGGGAGGAACCAAGCCCCCAUUACCCACGAAGAAGGUGUACAGUUAGCAAAGGAGAUUGGAGCUGCAAAGUUUAUUGAAAGUUCUGCCUACAAACAGAAAGGCCUAAAGACAAUAUUUGAUGAGGCCAUUCGAGCUGUGAUCUUCCAACCCGUGCAGAAGAGAAGGAUACCCUGCUGUAUUCUGUAGAAUAAAUAUCAGGAGGUUUUUGGUUUGGAUGGGUCAGAUCUCUGGCCUUUUCUGAGACACGGAGUGACCGCCACAGAACUUAGAAUUGAUUGGAAUUUUCGUUGUUGAUUUUUCUCCCUGCCUACAGCUAUGAAGGAGACUAUGUGCCCUUCAGUUAGUCCCACCCUCCCUCCUGGCCCAUCUCUGCCCCAUUGUUCAGCAACGUUUGUCCCCUUGUCCAAUGCCCUUUUCAAAGGUACUAUUGAACCGGCCUCCAGUCUCUGGUCAUUCUCACUGAUGUUCAUGUCACACAAGAUAACUGGCAGUGCCACUGGCCACGCUGGGAGGGAAUGAGGCACUAAAUCCUGGUGGGGAAAGGCACGUGAAGCUUUCUUGUCUCAAUGGCACUGAGACUUGUGGUUCAAAGUUCAACGGUUAACAGGUAGGAAAAAGCUACGGUACAGGGAGCAAUUGGAUGGUGCAUCUGAUCUCUCUGUCUGUGACCCCACUAAACCUGAUGGCUACAACAUCUCUGUACAA